ACGUAAUAUUGUGUUUGUCCUCCGCGGUGUUCCGUAGUCGGGAGCUCACAGGUCGGUUUCUGAAAACACAGCGUACUGUUGGUUAAAUUCCGCUAGUAAAUCGUACUUUGGUAGUGAAUUGUGCACAAUCUUACUAGUAAAUUCAUUUAUUACAAUGGCAUACCAGCUCUACAGAAAUACGACGCUAGGAAACAGUCUGCAAGAGAGCCUUGACGAGCUAAUUCAGACCCAACAGAUCACGCCGCAGUUGGCGCUUCAAGUUCUCCUCCAGUUUGACAAAGCCAUCAACACAGCGCUGGCCAACCGGGUUCGCAACAGGGUCAACUUUAAGGGGUCACUAAACACCUAUAGAUUCUGUGAUAACGUGUGGACCUUCGUUCUGAAUGAUGUGGAGUUCAGGGAGGUGACAGAUCUGGUCAAGGUGGACAAAGUCAAGAUAGUCGCCUGCGAUGGGAAAACUUCUUUUCUCUUAUCAGACACUGGUAACGCUGCAGAGUGAACGAAGUCCAUGGCAUCAGCUGAGACGUUACUGAUGAAGAGGAGGGUGGAGAGAGACCACCCCAUAUCACAGACAGGACUGUAUAUAUAUAAUUUAUUACAGUAAUGGCUGUAAAGAAGAUACACUUAAACCCUUGUGUGUGUAUAUACCACCAUCUGAAUCAAUGGGAGUGAAUGGACCAGUCAAAGCCUUGGAUAUUGCUUGCAUGACUUUUUUUUUAAAUACAUUUGUUUCUUAGAACUGCCUUUUCAGUUUAGUUACUGUUGUUGAGCUUGUUAACCUUUAAUAAACUUUUAUUUAAAAUA